GGACCCAAGUUCCCAUCAGCAAAAACACGUCGAUUUUGUUCAGCCUCACAAUGCUAUUGGAUAUUAAAGGUGUGUAUAGGUCCUGCCCUCUGGCCAUACACUCACACAACUUCCGCAUCUUCAAUCGAGCGAUAUCUCUUUGUUUUAUUGGAUUGGAUUUGUCAGAUUCAAUCAAAAUGAAGAUCGCUGCCUUCAAUGUGAAGAGACUGGGAUGGGAAAAAGUCAACAAAAAGGCCGUACGGGAAAUUAUCAUUAAGAUCAUGUCUCAGUACAGCGUGGUGGUGCUGCUGGAGGUGAUGGAUGAGACAGGUGGUGAUCCCAUGAAACUGCUCCUCCAACACCUUAAUGCAUAUGGAGAUAACAGAAGUAAUCCGUACGGCAUUCUGUGCAGUGAACCUCUGGGACCGGAGGGUAGCAGGGAGAAGUUUGUCUACUUCUACAGAAAGAAAGAAGUGAAGAUAGAAGACUCCUACCAGUACGUAGAAAAUGAUGAAGAUAAUGAAUAUGAUGAAGAUGAUGAAGAUGAAGAAGAUGUUGACGAGCUCGCCAGAGAGCCUUUCGCUGUCCUUCUCAAAUGUCCAAGCACAGUUGUGCAGAAUCUGGUGUUGAUCCCGGUCCACACCAAACCAAGUGACGCAGAGGCGGAGCUGAACGCUCUGCAUGAAGUGGUUGAAGAUGUGAGGGAAAGAUGGCAGAAUGAUAACAUUAUGAUUUUGGGAGACUUUAAUGCCGAUGGAAAGUAUCUCUCCAUGAGGAAGAAGGACUCGAUCCUCAUCUCCUCAGCUCCUUAUUAUUGGCUGAUAGACGAUGAUGUCGACACCACGACUAGUAACAAUAAUGACCACACCUACGACAGGAUUGUUGUUUACGGAGAGAGGAUGCUGAAGGCCAUCGUCCCCGACUCAGCCAUCGCCUACAACUUCGAGGAAGAGUUGAACUUGACAGAAGAAGAAACUCAGAGUGUCAGUGAUCACUACCCUGUGGAGGUGGAGCUGAAGGAGAAAGCUCUGAGAAAAAGGAAUCCAGGGACAACAGGGGUCAAAAUGAAGAUCGCUGCCUUCAAUGUGAAGAGACUGGGAUGGACUAAAGUCAACAAGAAGGCCGUACGGGAAAUUAUCAUUGAGAUUUUGUCUGAGUACAGCGUGGUGGUGCUGCUGGAGGUGAUGGAUGAGAGUGGUAAGGCCAUGAAACUGCUCCUCAAACACCUGAAUAACUAUGGAGAUAACAGAAGUAAUCCGUACGGCAUGCUGUGCAGUGAACGUCUGGGACGGACGACUUACAAGGAGAAGUUUGUCUACUUCUACAGAAAGAAAGAAGUGAAGAUAGAAGACUCCUACCAGUACGUAGAAAAUGAUGAAGAUAAUGAAUAUGAUGAAGAUGAUGAAGAUGAAGAAGAUGUUGACGAGCUCGCCAGAGAGCCUUUCGCUGUCCUUCUCAAAUGUCCAAGCACAGUUGUGCAGAAUCUGGUGUUGAUCCCGGUCCACACCAAACCAAGUGACGCAGAGGCGGAGCUGAACGCUCUGCAUGAAGUGGUUGAAGAUGUGAGGGAAAGAUGGCAGAAUGAUAACAUUAUAAUUUUGGGAGACUUUAAUGCCGAUGGACAGUAUCUCUCCAUGAGGAAGAAGGACUCGAUCCUCAUCUCCUCGGCUCCUUAUUAUUGGCUGAUAGACGAUGAUGUCGACACCACGACUAGUAACAAUAACGACCACACCUACGACAGGAUCGUUGUUUACGGAGAGAGGAUGCUGAAGGCCAUCGUCCCCGACUCAGCCAUCGCCUACAACUUCGAGGAAGAGUUGAACUUGACAGAAGAAGAAACUCAGAGUGUCAGUGAUCACUACCCUGUGGAGGUGGAGCUGAAGCAGAAAGCUCUGAGAAAAAGGAAUCCAGGGACAACAGGGGCAGCCCAGAAGAAGAAGCCUGGGCCGGCAGCGAAAAAGAGGAGAGGAGCGUAAACCAAGAGAAGAGGAACCAAUCUUCAAUAGAUAUCCUCUUAAAGUAGUUUAGUUAUUAGCUUUUAGUGUUGAGCGCUAUUUAAGUGUAUGAACAGAAUAGAGCUUGUAUUGCUUCUUGAUGUUUUUGAUGCAACCUGAAGUUCAGCAACAGAACAGUUUUCAGUAAUGUAGGACGCAUUUUGUUAAAUGAAAAUAUUUAACCUAAAUUCAUAGAAUCUAAAUGUUUUUCAAAUGAGGUAGAAGGUGAAGACUUCAUUUUAAGAUUUGUAAUCAAAGUAUUUUAACUAUUUGGUGGAAAAACAAGUUGCUUGAUUAGUUUGUUUGUGUUAUUUUGUGACUUUAGUUCAUUCAAAUUCACCUAUAUAACAAAUACACUAACUGAGAGACAGACAAGCAACUCCUGUGUUUUGCAAGGUAAAAUUACAGUUUUUUACAAUUAAAUCUGGUGGCUUCAGGGCUGUUUGUCAUCCAGGUAAAGCUUUUUAAAUAUUCUAAAUAUAGCCCUUUUUUAAAAUUGGCUAAAAUAUUUUGCUGACAACUAUACAGCAAUAUAUUUCUGAGCGUUCUGCUGACACUUUUCCUCCAAACUGACUAUUGAUAAAUACCUCGUCCACAUCACUUCAAAAUGUACCUUUAAACUAUAUUCACAGACGCAUGGCAGAACUUAUUAUAUCACUGCUUAUUUACUCACACUGCUUUUUGUUAACUGCAAUAAAAUUAAUCAUCCCAUUUGA